CCAAUUCAGCGACACCAGGCGUGACGUCACUGGCAGCCACCAAACUCCAUCAAAAGAGGAGUUUGACCUCUCACCUCCAGUAGAGAGGCGUGGACAGGAGCUGAGGACAGACUCGGACAGCUGAUGGACAAACGACUCUGUCAGCCCGCAGACGCACUGUGCUGAGAGCUGAGCGACAUGGACCCGGACAAGAUGUUUCAUCCCAGCCUGGCGGCGGCGCUCAAGAAGCUCGAUCCUGAAGACGGCGAGAAAAUGAUGGAAUAUUUUCAAACUCACGCUCUGCUCACCAGGGAGAAAGCUCUGUUGCAGGCAUCCGUGCGUGAGCAGAAGAAGCUGAUGGUGGAAAAUGGCAAACUGAAGAAAGACAUCGAGCAGCUGAGACUUCAGCUUCAGGACAAACAAAGGAGACGAGUUGCUAAGGCCCUCCUCUCGCCAAGCCACACCUUCAGCACACCUGUCAAUCAACCUCCCUCAUCCUCCGAUGCCACAGCUGCAUCCCCAUCCCCUUCAGCCGCCUUGGAGCAAGUGGGCAAGGAGACUCGCAGGCAGAGAGGAUACAGGAGAGCUCCUACUGCUACUCCCCUCCUGGAGGCGGCUCUUCCAGUUGAUGUGUCCCGCCUUGACCUGCGAGUUGGCCGGAUCCUAAGCGUUGGCUGCCACCCGCUGGCAGAGAAUCUGACUGUCCAGGAAGUAGACGUGGGAGAGAAGGCCCCCCGCACGGUGGUUAGCAAGCUAGCAAGAGAGGAUGUACGUUUUGUUUUUCUUCUGUUGCUCUCGUCAUCUUUGCUUCAUUCCGUGCUUCUCUUCUUUCAUCAGCUCGAUGGCGCUCUUGCUGUGUUGCUAUGCAAUGUCAAGGCCUGCAAACUGAAGGGCGUGGCUUCACAGGCCCGACUCCUGUGGUGCGUUCAGUCUGACCACACUGUUGAGCUAUUGGCCCCACCCACAGGCUCCAUCCCUGGAGACAGAGUCACUUGCCUGGACUUUCCCGGUGAGCCUGACCAUGAGCUGCGGUCCAAACAGAGAGUAUGGGAGCGCAUUCAGCCCAGCCUGCAGGUGGAUGCCAGGGGAGUGGCCAACUACAAGGGAUGUGGCUUCCAGGUGAAAGGGAAGGGACUGUGCAGGGCACCGUCCUUCACCAACUGCACCAUCAGAUAAACAGAGAAAAUAAACCAACAUUUUCGUCUUUUCUACGUCUCAGGGUCAAACUACUGUGCCGACCGUGCGUCUUCACGUUUGCCUUAGCCUGUAUAGUAUAAUCAUGUGAUGGCACCU